CAUAUUUACGUGUAGUGAAGAAAAUUAAGGGAAACUGAAACCCCAGUUGUGGGGGAGAGAAGUUGAAGCUGAAGCUGAAGCUGUGGUAUGCGUAUCCAUUGAACGACAAUGGACUUGGCCGCGAAGCUUCAUCACCUGGACCUCACCGGCGCUGUCAUUUUGGAUGCACGAAAACCCUCUAUACGACCUCCACGCACGCUGUCGUUUACUCAAACCGCCAGAGGGAACAACAUCAACAUCCACACUAACACUAAUUUAGUUUCCACCAAUCGAUUCUUUGGCCCCAAAAGACCCAAUUCUCGUUUAUCCGCUGUGGCCGUCGACGACGACACGUCACUGACCGAAGACGACAUCGAGUCUCUGUUUUCCGACUCUUCGGCCGAUAAACGACAAGUAAACAAGCAAACGAAUACAGGCGCUUCGAGCGUUUCAUCAGGUGUGAAGUUAGAAAACGUGAGCAAAACCUAUAAGGGUGUGACUGUGUUGAAAGAUGUGAGUUGGGAAGUGAAGAAGGGAGAGAAAGUGGGUUUGGUUGGCGUAAACGGUGCGGGUAAAACGACCCAGAUGAGGAUUAUUGCGGGUCUGGAAGACCCGGAUUCGGGAAACGUGAUAAAGGCCAAACCUAAUAUGAAGAUUGCGUUUUUGAGCCAAGAGUUUGAGGUGUCACUGAGCAGGACGGUGAGGGAGGAGUUUAUGAAUGCGUUCAAAGAGGAAAUGGAGAUAGCUGGGAAAUUGGAGAAGGUGCAGAAGGCGCUUGAGGGUGCUGUUAACAAUUUGGAAUUGAUGGGAAGGCUUUUGGAUGAGCUUGAUUUGCUUCAGAGACGAGCUCAGUCUGUGGAAUUGGAUGAGGUUGAUGCAAAGAUAAGUAAAUUGAUGCCUGAACUUGGGUUUGCUUCUGAGGAUUCUGAUAGGCUGGUAGCAUCAUUUAGUGGUGGAUGGCAGAUGAGGAUGUGUCUUGGCAAAAUUCUACUUCAGGAACCAGAUUUAUUACUGUUGGAUGAGCCUACAAAUCAUCUUGAUCUUGACACCAUUGAAUGGCUUGAAGACUAUCUUAACAAGCAGGACGUGCCGAUGGUUAUCAUUUCCCAUGACAGGGCUUUUCUUGAUCAGCUGUGUACAAAAAUUGUGGAAACUGAAAUGGGUGUAUCCAGGACAUACGAGGGGAAUUAUUCUAAGUUUGUAAUUUCAAAGGCAGAAUGGAUUGCAGCACAGUAUGCUGCAUGGGAGAAGCAGCAGAAAGAAAUUGAACAGACGAAAGACUUGAUAAGUAGGUUAGGCGCUGGAGCAAAUUCUGGCCGUGCUUCAACUGCGGAGAAGAAGCUGGAGAGGCUUCAGGAAGAGGAACUAGUAGAGAAGCCAUUUGAACGGAAACAAAUGAAAAUCAGGUUCCCUGAGCGUGGGAGGAGUGGAAGAUUUGUUGUGACAAUUAAUAACUUGGAAUUUGGCUUUGGGGAUAAGAUACUUUUCAACAAGGCAAAUCUUACAAUUGAAAGGGGAGAAAAGAUUGCCAUUAUUGGUCCAAAUGGAUGUGGCAAGAGUACUUUACUGAAAUUGAUCAUGGGUUUAGAGAAGCCAAUUAGGGGUGAAGUUGUGGUUGGGGAGCAUAAUGUAUUACCGAACUAUUUUGAGCAAAAUCAGGCAGAAGCACUUGAUCUGGACAAGACAGUGCUUCAGACAGUAGAAGAAGCUGCCGAGGACUGGAGGAUUGAUGAUAUUAAAGGACUUCUUGGGCGUUGUAAUUUCAAAUCUGAUAUGCUUGACCGAAAAGUUUCCCUGUUGAGUGGUGGUGAGAAGGCACGGCUGGCUUUUUGCAAAUUCAUGGUAAAACCAUCAACUCUGCUUGUGUUGGAUGAACCAACCAAUCACUUGGAUAUACCUUCAAAAGAAAUGCUUGAGGAAGCAAUCACUGAGUACGAGGGCACUGUUAUCACAGUUUCUCAUGAUCGAUACUUUAUAAAGCAGAUAGUUAAUAGAGUGAUAGAAGUUAAAGAUGGCACUUUACAGGAUUAUGCGGGCGAUUACAAUUAUUAUUUAGAGAAGAAUCUUGAUGCUAGGGAAAGAGAGCUUGAACGCGAGGCAGAGCUUGAGGACAAAGCUCCUAAAGUGAAAGCCAAAUCUAAGAUGUCCAAGGCUGAGAAAGAAGCACGGAAGAAGCAAAAGAUGCAGAACUUUCAGGCAGCGAAACAGAAGUCUAAAGGUGUGAAAAAUGCGAAGAGAUGGAACUGAGUAAUUCAUUCCUUAACAUCAUAAGGGCUCCAUCUUAUACAAGUUUACCAAAUGAGGAAGAUAGAAGGCGAAGUAGUGAGUUAGCUACACUCAGCCUUUGUAUAUAUCAUGUAUCAAUGGACUGACUAAUUUGGAUAAUUGACUGGAAUAUAGAAUCUUGAUUACAGCAUUUGUGAUUCCUGCUGAAGUUUACUGCAACUUGGACAGAGAAGAAAAAUUAAAAGAAAAAAUUGAUUCGGUG